AUGACUCAUACAGCCGUGAUCAAGAAGGCAUUUAAUAAAGAUCUCAGCAGGGUCAUCAGAGGGGUCCCGUACCAGGACAAACUCAUUGUCCUUGGAGACUUUAAUGCUGGUGGCUUCUCAGCCAUCCAUCUAGCAGCUCUACACGGCCGGCUGGAGUGCCUGAAACUGGUAGUCGAAAAGUUUGAGGUUGAUGUGAACUUGGCCAGUCUGACAGGAUGGACACCCAUUCACCUGGUGAUGAACAAGGAGAGUGGCCCCAGGGCAUUGGAGUGUUUGCAGUACCUCAUUGGAAAGGGGGCAGACAUCAAUGUUCAGAACCAGGGCGGAACGUCGCCACUUCACAAGGCAGCCAGUGAAGGACGCCUCAACUGCAUCAUUGAACUGGUUGAGGCUGGAGCUGAUGUCCAUGCCAAGGACGCAGAGGGGCAGCAACCCAUUGACCUCUGCAGGAUAUGGGCCCACAGGAGCUGUGCUAGGUACCUGAGUGAUGCCAUGUGGAAAACAGACAAACGCAAUUUUGCUUGCGAAAUGCACAAACUGAACCGAAUCAAAAGUGAAUGUCAGCGCUCCGAACAAAACUUCUGGAAGAUAGAGAAGGACAGAGCGAAGCUGGAUGCUGUCCCCAAGAAGGAAGUGGCCAAAACACCUCCUGGAGAAAAAAAAAUCAGCGUACAUGCCAAGCGUAGGGCUAAAGUUAAAGGGGAACCUCGUUUAUCUGCCCCUGCUCAGCCCCCCACUGGGAAAUCACAGCGCGCUUGGAAUGCCAGCGUCAAUCCAUCCUCCCCUCUGGUGACAGACAUAUUCCGACCUACAACAGUCCGGCUGGGCACCGACCCCGAGGCCUGUGGGGAUCAUGACUUCAGCUCCUUCUUGUUUCUCUCCAAGGACUCGCACGGACAGCCGGUGAUCGAAAUGGCUUACAAUGGGAGACUCUCCCCCGUCCCCAACCUGCCCUAUGAAGUGAUCGAGAGGAGCCUGUAUCCUCACGCUCGGCCCAUCAGAGUAACGAUGCCGCAGGGAUUUAAACCCACGCAUAUCUUCGAUGUGAAAAGGAAGCGCUUCCCGAGCCUGGAGCACAGGUGGACGGACGAAAUGGCUGUGAGCUUGCGGGAAACUCUGGACCCAGCGUUCAGAGCUACGCUCAAGGCUCACCUCUCUGCAAUCGACUACGGCGGCUAG